CUCUCACACCUCUCUAUAACUUUCUUCUCCACUGCCUCUACUUUCCUCUCUCUGCACUUUACCUUAAUCCCUAAGUCUUCUUCACCUUCUUCUUCUUCUUCCUUCCAUUUGUUCUGUUAACAAAAAGAACAUUGAAGCCAGGGCUUCAUUCUGUCUACUCUAUGUGUUCUUCAAUGGCAGAGAGUGAGACAGAGUCUAAUUACAGCAAACACCAAAAGUUGGUCCCAGAACAAAACCAUGAAAACCCAAGUAAGUUUUACAAUCAUUUUCUAUACAAAGUUGUUCUAGUUGUAGUUUUCUUUGUUAUUCUCCCACUUUUUCCUUCACAAGCUCCUGAGUUCUUCAACAAAAGUGUACUCACCAGAAGCUGGGAGCUUCUGCACCUUCUCCUUGUUGGCAUAGCAGUCUCUUAUGGGCUUUUUAGCAGAAGAAAUGACAUAACAGAGAAGGAAAACACUAACGCAAAAUUCGAUAAUGCUCAUUCAUAUGUGUCUAGAUUUCUUCAGGUGUCUUCAGUUUUUGAUGAUGAGACUGAAAUUCCAUCUGGCUCUGAUGAGAACAAGGUCCAAUCAUGGAGUAGUCAGUAUUACAGGAACGAACCGGUGGUGGUUGUAGCUCAAGAACACUCUGCUCUUGAUGAUCAGAGAGGUACCGCUUCAAGAAUUGGUGAAAAGCCAUUGCUUUUGCCUGUUAGGAGCUUAAAACAACAUGUUCCUGAUACGGCUAAUAUAGGGUCUGUUAAUGAAUCUAGUGCCAGUUCUGGUUCUCUAAGUAGGUCUAACUCAAGGUCAGGCUCGAGAAGGUUUUCGAGCAAAUUGAAUAACAAGGCUCUAGGUGGUGAAUUUGGAGGGUUGGAUCAUCAAGAAUUGGAGAGUUUGAAGGAAAGUGUUGUGCUUCCUUCUCCAAUUCCAUGGAGAUCAAGAUCAGGAAGGAUUGAUGUGAAGGAAGAAAUUGUUAACAGUCCUCCAAUGGAGGAAUUUGAGCUUAACCGCCAAGAGUCUUGGGGUUCGAGGUCCCAAGGUUCUCGAUCUUCGAGAUCGAAUUCCUUGUCUUCAUCCCCCAAGCUGUCUCCUUCCCCAUCACUUUCGUCUCCAAAGAAGGCAUCUCCUUCGCCUUCAUUGUCAUCGGAGUCUCAAAUGUUUUAUAAGUCAUCAUCAAUGAGACCAAGCAGAGAUGGGGUUUUGUAUGAGAAGGACUUGAGGAGAAGCUUCAAUAGUGAAACAAGGGACUUGGAUAGGAGCAAUGGAGAAUAUGUGAUGGGGGGAGUGAACUCAGGGGUUGAAACCAUGCAUCAAAGCUAUGUUGAUGGUUUAUCAAUGGGGAAAUCAAUGAGAACAAGCAGAGCUGGAGAAAAUAGGGCAGGGGCCUUGAGAUCAGGCAGAGAGAUGGGGGAGUAUGGAUAUGUAAAUGGCAAUGUGGAGAAAAACUUCGAGCAAGUUGAAGAAAAUUUGGUGGAGAAAGCUGCAAGAAAGAGGGUAGGAUUUGAUGAAACUUCUUUUAUUGGGACUGAGAACUUGGGGCAUGAAAGCAUCCCCAACAUGCCAAACUCAGCUUUCAAUGGAUUUUCGGGGGAGGAGAAAGAAGAUUUUCUCGACAGCGUGAUUAUGGAAUCGGAGGAAGAAACAGAAAGUGAGGAUGACAACUUUGGAGGAAGUUUCAUCCAGAAAGACAUUGAAGAGACCCCAAAGCCAACUCCAAGGAAUUUCGUUUCGGCUUCUGGCAGUGGAAGUGAUGGAGGGCCUGAUGUGGAUAAGAAAGCUGAUGAGUUCAUAGCCAAAUUCAGGGAGCAGAUUAGGCUUCAGAGAAUAGAUUCUAUCAAGAAAUCGAGUGCUCAGAUUAGUAGAAACUUGUCAAGGUAAACAGGAUGAAUUAAUUAAACUUGGUGAUUAUAGUUCCCUUUCCUUGGGUUUUAUGUUCCAAUUGACUUGGUAUCAUAGCUUGUGUUUCAAAAUUAUAAUCAUGGUAUACAAAGAUUUAUAUGUUUUCUUUUUUCUUUUUC